UCUCUGACACCCUCAAGUUGUUCUUCCUUUUGGCUUGCUUACACAAGAGCACAGUCUUUCCAGCUUCUGCUUGGCUAUGAUCCUCUCUCACCCUAAAUAUCUGUCCACAGGUCAACGGUAAAGACUUAUCCAGAGCGACUCAUGACCAGGCUGUGGAAGCUUUCAAGACCGCCAAAGAGCCCAUUGUGGUGCAGGUGUUGAGGAGAACGCCUCGGACCAAAAUGUUCACACCUCCGUCAGAGUCGCAGCUGGUGGACACGGGAACUCAAACCGACAUCACCUUCGAGCACAUCAUGGCGCUCACCAAGAUGUCCUCUCCCACCCCGCCUGUGCUGGAUCCCUAUCUCCUGCCAGAGGAGCACCCCUCGGCCCACGAGUACUAUGACCCCAGUGACUACAUUGGAGGUGUCCAUCAGGAAAUGGACAGGGAGGAACUGGAGUUGGAGGAAGUGGAUCUCUACAGAAUGAACAGCCAGGACAAGCUGGGCCUCACCGUGUGCUACCGGACUGAUGAUGAAGAUGACAUUGGGAUUUACAUAAGUGAGAUCGACCCUAACAGCAUUGCGGCCAAGGAUGGGCGCAUCCGAGAAGGAGACCGCAUUAUCCAGAUUAAUGGGAUAGAGGUACAGAACCGUGAAGAGGCCGUGGCUCUCCUAACCAGUGAAGAAAACAAGAACUUUUCCUUGCUGAUUGCAAGGCCCGAACUCCAGCUGGACGAGGGCUGGAUGGACGACGACCGAAACGACUUUCUGGACCACCUGCACAUGGACAUGCUGGAGGAGCAGCACCAUCAGGCCAUGCAGGGGACAACUCAGGAACAUCAAACAGAACUACCCUAUGGGAGGCAAGCAGAAGAAUUCCUUUUUAUCCCAGAAAUAAAGGCAAUCGGGAAUGAAGAAACAAUCGUGUUGGUGCCAGAAAGUGGCAUCAUAGGGGAUCUGCGGCCAGAUUUUGCUGAUUUAUGCGUCCAUGGAGAAGAGAAGGCCAUCAACACCACAUCAGCAGAGAGCGGUAAGAACAUCUAUGAGCUUUACGCUGAUGUUGGGAGACCUUCAAGUCUCUGUUGCAACCACUCGGUUCUGCUGCUGGAUCAUGAAUGCAGCCAGAGACGAGCAAUUCCCAGCGGCCUCAAGCUGUACUCGUCACGCCCUAAUGCGUAG